AUGAGCGAAGCUACACAACUGCUCGUGGUCCGACAAUCAGGUCGUCGGCAAGAUGCAGCUCACAGGAUACAGAUCAUUGCGGCCGUCUCGGCCAUAGUUUCUGCAUUCCGCAAUGGGUCGGACUUGUUCACAGUCGUUAAGAAGAAACGUCGUGCUGCGCGCAAAUACAAGGAUCCUCAGCAAGAGUGGGAAGAAAGUCAGAUCUCAUCUGCUCUUUCAGCAGGUGAAAAACAAAUUCACCUACGAUUUGAGCGCGACCAGAGAGAGCUUGGCGAUUUUGUCCGCAUUGGCGAUGAUGUUGCCCGAGAUCGUCUUUUUCAUAUAGCAGCACUGCUUCAGACUGAAAUCAUCGACACUUUGAGCCUAGCAUCCGGAAACAAGUUUGGCGUAGUCAACCUGCGCCUAUUACACGAAGCCUCAAUCACAAAUCGAAAGGACGCCAUUCGAGCAUUAGAUGAUCUCAAGCAGAGGAUAUAUACGAGAAUGUUCAUGGCGCGACAAUUGGAGAAAGCCGCAGAGGAAACACGCGUACAGCAAUCACGUGCCCCGGCGCAAAUUAUGCCACGAUAUAGCUACGACUCGAUCCGCCCUCGUACAAAUGGCUACACCCCCUCCAUUGCCACUUCGGCAGCGAUCAUGGACCCUAGGAUCCCGAGAAAAGAGUCACCGGAGUAUCCACAGACGAGUGACAGGACAAAACUGCCUGUUGAUAUCCGGUCGGUCUAUACACAGCCAGUUGUUGACUCAAACUCCGAUGCAGCUCCGGCUGAUUCCCGAACCAACUAUCGCACAUCUAUGAUAAGAGAGAUUCAGCACGUGAUCAGCUCAUACAAAGAGUUCAACUUCGACAACGGGACGAAUUCACAUAGCAGCCAUCCACAGGACAAUGAGCACCCUGCGCGACGAGAUACCCUCGUUACGGCCAACGACCGAGCUCUGUUCGACGAAUAUAGGAGAGGGUCGGGUCGGAAGUUUCAUCAGAGUUCCAACCAUGAAGCAAUAGGACUUGGUAUCGCAAGCGGUACCAGUGUGCUUCCUGUCAGCGAAGAUAUGCAUGGAUUUGAGAAGGAACACCCAGCCUAUAAUCAGCGCUACGAUACGCCCGAUCCGCGUUGCCGUGAGCAAGCACAAAGGCCACCGCACCGAUGGUCAGGGGGUUCUGUAUCUAGUUCAGCCGUUUCGAAUUCGGCUUCCCUCCAUCGGAGCAGCUCGAAUUCUUCGCAAGAAACGCAUACCGAAGUUCCUCCUCCGCCACCACCCAAGAACGAAGAUCCUCCUCCUCCGCCACCAAAGUCAACUCGUCGGGCCCUUACGAUAUCUGUGCCCGAUAACGCAAUCGAUCCGCAGGAUGACGGGAACCAUUCUAAUUCGGGAUCUUCUUACUCUCCGUACGCAGCCGCGAUAGAUAGGUAUAAUACUCCUUCACCGAUCAAGGAAUUGGCUCCCUUACGCACCCGUUCCUCUGCUUCGGCGGUCAAUUCGUCUAGGUACAACGCAGAGGCCAAGGCACCGCCAGUCAAUGUCGACCACCCCCGUUUCUCUGCUCCUUCAGUUACUCCAUCUAGGCACGAUACAGAGGUCAAGGCACCCUCGCCAGUUAAUGUCGACCACACCCGUUCCUCUGCUCCUUCGGUCACCCCGUCUGGGAACAAUACAGAGGCCAAGGCACCGGCGCCGGUUAAUGUCGACCCAUAUAUGCCUACCCAGAUGCCAUGGCCUGGAGACAGCACAGCCACAUCCAGGGCCGCAUCGCCGGUCAUGGAUCAUCCAGCACAGCAACCCCAUAACCCACCGAUCAGAGAAGAGGAAGAAGUGGAAGAAGUGAAACGAGAGAAUUUCAAUACUGAGGAGCCAGCAUAUGACAUACACAACCUUUUGAUUCCAAGAUCAAAAACAAAAGCAUACUACAGCAGACCCAGCAUCUACAGCGAAAGCAUCUACAGCGACACCAACGAGGAAAAGCCCCCCAUGCCCACCAACCCAUCCGCCUUUGCAGCAGCCACAUCCUCCCACUUCGCAUCCUUCAAAUCAACAAUCAUGGGCCUCCGCCAUUCCCCCUCUCUCGCCUCCACCGAAAGCGGCAGCUCCUUCUUCAUCGGCGUCCUCCCCGGCCGCCUCAGGCGCAGCAACAUCAUCCGCACCAGCAGUCUAUCCGGCAGUAUCCGGCCCAGCAAUAGCUCCAACAUGCUCGACGGCCGCCCCAACAAAGACAAUAACUACUGGGGCUUCUGCAAAGGCGCAUGGGCGGUCCGUGAAGAAGCCAACAAAGGUCUUCACCCCCGCACCGUUCCCUGCGGCUACUACACCACGCGCCAGAUCUUCGCCUGCAAAUACUGCGCCUUUGCCGGUGACGUGCAAAGAUCCCCUCAUCCCAUCAAGCGAGGCAAGAACAUCGAGUUGAUUGACCCCCGCGUCAGGACUAGUAAGAGUGGUAUUCGCUACCGCUGGAUCUUCCUUGCUAAAAGCCACAUCAAGAAGAAGGUUGUCGACCCCGUCAUGGACUGUUGGACCGAGGAUAACUUUGGCUGCGUGUUUUGCUGUGUUGAAGAGAACAUGUGGCGGAUAUGA